AUGUCACUCAAGCAGAGGAUACCAAAGAAGAAACUCGGAAUGGAAACCCUUCUCGGUAUGAUUGCAAUUUCAAAUCUUCCGUCUAAGACUGAGCUCUGCUACGCCUCGCAAUCUCUUCGCACCUACACAGCGAAUGCAUCCCUCGUGACUACCUGGUCCGACCAGUCUGGGUUAUUGUUCACAAGAGCGAGUCACAGGACAGUACGCUCCGGCAACAACCUGUAG